AUGACGUCAGUUCCUGUAACACCCUGCAUCAGGCAGUUAUUAGACGCCGAGAAAAUAGCUGCAGAAAAAGUCGCCGAAGCAAAGAAACAUCGCGAGCGAAAACUAAAGCUGGCAAAAACGGAAGCUUUGGCUGAAAUAGAGCAGUAUCGGCAGGAGAGAGAAAGGGAGUUUCAGAAUUUUGAGAAUAAGCAUGCGGCUCUUCGCGCCAAAAUUACGGCGAGAAUCGACAUGGAAACCAGGAAGAAACUGGACAUUAUGAGGUCCACAGUUACUCGCAAUAGGAAAAGCAUGAUUGAGAAGAUAUUGGAACUUGUUUUUAAAAUUCCUGAGUAUUAAAAUGUUUGCUACAA